AUGCAUCCCGUACGGUCCUUCUUUCAAGCAACGAGAGAUAUAAGAAUAUUAUGGGGUUCAGUCUUUUUUAGAAUGGCAGGUUAUGGACUUACCAACCAAGUUUUGACAUUGCAUUUGGAAGCUCUUGGUAUAUCUGAGUCAAAUAUUGGUCUAUUUAUGUCGCUUACAUUAGUGGGAGAUACCAUGAUAUCAUAUUUUUUGACCUGGAAUGCUGAUAGAAUAGGAAGGAAGCGUGUUAUGAUGUUUGGUACGCUUUUGAUGUUUACAUCUGGAUUCACAUUUGCAUUCAGUUCCAACUUUUUGGUAUUGUUAACAGCAGCAAUCUUGGGUGUCAUUUCUCCUUCUGGUGAUGAGACUGGUCCGUUUAAAUCUGUCGAAGAGGCUUCAAUUGCCCAUUUGACUCCAGAGAACCAUAGACCCGAAGUGUAUGCAUUUUAUGGAGUAUUUGCAACUGCCGGGGCUGCUUUUGGAUCCCUAAUUUGCGGAUUCUUGGUAGAUUACAUGAAUGCUUCUGUGGGGUUCCCGAUUGAAAAAUGCUACAGAAUUAUCUUUUUGGUAUACACUGGGAUUUCAAUUAUCAAAUUCAUCUUGGUGUGCUUUCUCUCUCCAAAAUGUGAAAUACAUAACCACGACAUGGACAACAUAGCAAGUGAAGAAAAUUCUUUAUUAGAGGCAGUCGAACAAGAUACUACAAAGCUGAAUUUCGUCAGCUUAUCAGACAGAACAUUUUACUUACUACCAAGAUUGCUCGCCAUUUUCAUGUUGGAUUCUUUGGGGUACGGAUUUAUGACAUCUACGUGGAUCGUGUAUUACUUGAAGAAGACAUUUGAAGCUACUGCUACCGGGCUUGGGUUGUUAUUCUUUUUAACUAAUACUGUUAAUUCCAUUUCUUCAUUGCCCUCGGCUUAUUUAGCCAAAUUAUUGGGCCCUGUGAGGGCUAUCUUGUUCACCCAAGCUCCUUCGGGGGCAUUCUUCAUUGUUGUUGCGUUCCUUUCUAACUUUUAUUCAGCUUCAUUCUUUUUGCUCUUAUACUACAUUACCACUAGUAUGGAUGUCGUUCCUCGACAGAUUUUGCUAACUUCUCUUAUGCCAAGGGAAGAGUUAACUAAGGUCAUGGGAAUUGUGAACAUCGGUAAGACAUUCGCUAGAUGCAUUGGGCCAAUAUUUACAGGUAAGUUCGCUGCACAUGGCGUUCUACACUAUGGAUUUAUAAUCAACGGUGGUUGUGUACUUUUGGCAGACUUAAUAUUGGCUACAAACUUUUUGCAUGUUGAUGCUGAAAUAUUACAUAAACAAAGCAUUGAUGCUGGGUUUGAUUGA